AAAUCACUCUCAGCUUCCUCGUAAAUAAGAUGAGAUGUGGUUCUUUCUAAGUUGUUUUCAUUUUCGAAGACUGCCUUUCCUUCCCGUAACGUAAUUAACUGCUACCGGAUUCUACUUUAAAAGCAGCCGGGGAUUCUUUCUCAAUUUUCUCUCCUAUUAUUUAUGGCUGCCUCUCUCAUCUUUCGUAAAGGCUACAAAAUGCUCAUCGCGUUCCCUCAACGCCCACAAGCACUCUCACUUUUCUGAACAAAGAGUCUCUGCUCUCUCUCUCUCUCUCUCGGGGGCCAAGCAGGAACAAGAACUCGAGAACGCAAACCUCUCUGUGAGAUCUCUCCGCUCAUUUCGUCUCUACUGGGCACGAAUUAGUUACUCCUAUAUGUGUGUGCAAGUGUGAGCGAGAGUAAAUGAGGUGUAAGAAGCAUACCUCCGACCUCAGCAGCACCGUCGGCGUAUGCGCUUCUUGUCUCAGCGACCGACUCUUAGUCCUCAUCGCCGCGCAGGCCCAGGCUCAGGUCCUGUCCCAACACCAGCAGCUCUCCCGGACUCAAUAUCGUCCCGCUGACGUAUCUGUGGGUACCCAGAUAUCUGACGCCAAUUUGCCUCCGCCUCCUCCUCCGCUUGUUUUUCCUCGUUCAGUCUCCCCCUACGUCUCCCGCCGUAAGUCGGACGACGCCACAAGGCAACACCACCACCACGACCGACACGAUCGUCGCUUCUACAGCACACCGCAGGUGGGUCCUACCUACGCCUCAUCUACCUUCACCAGUACCACCGGAUCUUGUAGGAAGAAGAACAGCAUGUUCUUCCUAGUGUCCAAGUUGUUCGGGUCCAGAUCCGAGAAAUUGGAGCCCGAUCCCAGAAUUUCGUCUAAGGAAUCUUGCGGGCCUUCAUCGUCGACAUCAUCUUCUUCUCCCUCUUGGUUCACCACAAUCUUCGCCGGAAACCGGAGAAAGCAAUCGCGGCUGUUCGUUGUCGACGAAUCCACAGCCAACGUAGACAGAAGACCUGGCCGGAGAGCUAAUCGAGGAAUGUCGCCAGUGAGAACGACGGAUUCCGACGAAGAUGGCGAUCAACCGGUACCAUCGAGUGGCUACUCCUCGGAGGCGUGGCGUUCACCGGCGUUCGCGGUACGGCGGACUCGGCAGGGACAAAGCCGGAACCAGUCCGGAAUAGCGUUUUGCUUGAGCCCGCUGGUGAGGGCGAGCCCCAACCGGCACUGGAACCAGAAGAGCUUGCCACCGGAUAUAACGGUCUCCGGCGAUACUAGGGUGCCGGGGAAGCCUAAUCUCAAAACGGCGGCGUCGUUUUGCAAAAGCCGGUCGAGGAAGCUUGCGGAUUUGGGGAAAGUCGGCUACAACCAUUGAUUUCCUUGACCGUUGACAUCGCCUUCGACGCUGAUGUUAUCUCCUCAAAAGUACGAUUUUGCCCCUAUUCCUUUAGAUUUCCGUUUGGAAAUAAUUUAAGCGUGCGAGGGUUAAAAAACAGAAAAAAAGCUCCGUGCGUUCUCAUUAUACAAGGAAUAUCACAAAUCCAAAUUAUUGAUUUAUUUUGUGUAAUUACGUAAUUCAGAGUUCGAGUUUUUUAGCUGAA